CGCCCGCUGGGAAAACGAAUGCAUGCAUGCGUGCGUGCGCGUCCUCGCGUAAACAGUCGGAAUAAUAAUUGGGUUUUUAACGAAUAAAAAACCAACAAGCUGUAACAUGUACUUAGUGACUGUUACCAAGCACUUAAUCAUUAUACAAUUUAUGAAACUAAAUUUUAAAAAAAAAAAAACCCUCCGCUCUGCUGAGUUAGGGUGGGAUUUCCCAGCCCCAAGUGCUUGUUGACCUCUGAUGACCCCCAACUUGGGGGCCCAACUAUAAAUACAAGCUGGACAUCAUUAUCUCCCUUACCAGGACUCAUCAUGGAUAAACAGAUACUUUAUGGGGCUCCAGAAAUUACUCUGUCCAAGAGCUAUGAUGGUUCUGCUGACCUCAACAGAGGCUUUCUGCUGCUGGACCAAAACUCGACGGUUUCUUCCCCGUCGCUUGAUCUGCGUACGGGUCACCGCAGGAAGCUGGUCUCCUCUUCGGGGAUCGUUGUGGAGUACGCAGAGUGUAACAAUGCCAGCGAGGGCUCCUGGAUCCACUCACCCAGCCUUGUGUCCCUUUCCCUCUCCCAGAAUGAGACUGUCCACAACAUCCCCAUAGGCAGCAAAUUCUCUACCCCCUGUGAAGGGAUGAACAGCAAAAAAGCUAUUUUGGCGAGCUCACCAAACCUCUCCUGCCUGGAUCCAUCAGCCUCCCGCUUCUUCGGGGAGCACUCUCUCAUCCGACACGGCCCGGUCAGCCCACGCCUUAGCUUGGAGUCCAGUCUGGUUGACGGGCUCACCUGGAGCCCCAGGUAUCCGUGUCCACCCCAGUCCCUAGCGGAGAUCUCCUCCCUGCUUGGGUCAGCAACCCCUCCAAAUGUGAAUGUCAGCAGGGAGCCUGUUCCGGGCCCUAGUCAGAGUCCUGCCGUCAUGUCUGCACCGUGUCCUGAUGAGUUCUAGCCUAUGUCUCUGGCCUAUUGCUCAAAGGUGGACUGAAGCAGGAGCAAGCGAGAUGAAGAUGGGUCUGCCCAUAGGCGACGUUGGUCAUUGGUGCUGAAAUAUUAGUAACUGCAUAUGGGUUGGGUUAAUCUGGAACAUGUAUAUUGAAAAAUUUAAAUUCCUAAAUGCAAGAAACUCUGCUCUUGGAUAAACCACAACUGUUUGCUUUGUCUCUAACCCUGUUUUAAAACAAAAAUUCUUACCGGCAAGAGAAGCACUAGAUGUAAGAAUUGUUUGCAAACUAAUAAAAGUAUACAAUAAAACUUCUAAUU